CCCCCGCCCUCCCGGCUCCUGCUCCCGGGAGCCCCGCAAACCCCGCUCCGCCCGCGCCCCGCACAGCACCGAGGCUCCCGGCCCGGUCCGCCCCGCUGCCCCUCCCCGGGGCCAUGGGAGCACCCCCGGGCUACAGACCCUCUGCCUGGGUGCAUCUCCUCCACCAGCUGCCCCGCGCCGACUUCCAGCUCCGCCCGGUGCCCAGCGGCUUUGCUCCCCGCGACCAAGAGUACCAGCAGGCCCUGCUGCUGGUGGCAGCCUUGGCUGGGUUGGGUUUGGGCCUGAGCCUCAUCUUCAUCGCUGUCUACCUCAUCCGAUUCUGCUGUUGCCGGCCCCCAGAACCCCCUGGGUCCAAGAGUCCCCCACCUGGAGGAGGCUGUGUCACCUGGAGCUGCAUCGCUGCCCUUCUCGUGGGCUGUGCUGGCAUUGGCAUUGGUUUCUAUGGUAACAGCGAGACCAGCGAUGGCGUGUCCCAGCUCAGCUCAGCCUUGCUGCAUGCCAACCACACGCUCAGCACCAUUGAUGACUUGGUGCUGGAGACAGUGGAGAGGCUGAGUGAGGCUGUGAGGACAGAGCUGACCACCCUGGAGGAAGUGCUGUCAGAACGCAUGGAGCUGGUGGCGGCUGCCCGGGGAGCACGGAGGCAGGCUGAGGCUGCGGCUCAGCAUCUGCAAGGACUGGCCUUCUGGCAAGGAGUGUCCCUGAGCCCAGUGCAGGUGGCUGAAGAUGUGACUUUUGUAGAGGAGUACAGGUGGCUGGCCUAUGUCCUCCUACUGCUCUUGGUGCUUCUGGUUUGCCUCUUUACCCUCCUAGGCCUGGCGAAGCAGAGCAAGUGGCUGGUGGUUGUGAUGACUACCAUGAGUCUCCUGGUGCUUGUCCUGAGCUGGGGUUCCAUGGGCCUAGAAGCUGCCACAGCUGUGGGCCUCAGUGACUUCUGCUCCAAUCCAGACACCUAUGUGCUAAACCUGACCCAGGAGGAGACUGGGCUUAGCUCAGACAUCCUCAACUAUUAUUUCCUGUGCAACCAGGCGGUCUCCAACCCCUUCCAACAGAGGCUGACUCUGUCCCAGCGUGCUCUAGCCAACAUCCAUUCUCAGCUGCAGGGCCUGGAGCGGGAAGCUGUCCCUCAGUUUCCUGCUGCACAGAGGCCCUUGUUUUCCUUGGAGGAGACAAUGAACGUGACAGAGGGAAGCUUCCACCAGUUGGUGGCACUGCUGCAUUGCCGCAGUCUGCACAAGGACUAUGGCUCGGCACUCCGAGGCCUGUGUGAAGAUGCCCUGGAGGGCCUGCUGUUCUUGAUGCUCUUCUCUCUCCUGUCUGCGGGAGCCCUGGCCACCACCCUUUGCAGCCUGCCCCGUGCCUGGGCCCUCUUCCCACCCAGUGAUGACUACGAUGACACAGAUGAUGACGACCCUUUCAACCCUCAGGAAUCCAAGCGCUUUGUGCAGUGGCAGUCUUCCAUCUGAGCCCUUGUCUAGCUCAGAGCCAGCUUCUCGUUGCUCCUUUUCUGGCUGCUGGAGAAGGCCCCACUAACCUGACCCUGCCUGGGUUCUGACACUAAUACUGCUGGCCAUGGACACCUCACAUAGGAUGACAUCCUGCUCUGGCCCCAAUAUUCCCCCAUCCCCAUUUGUCCUUAGUACAGGGGAUUGCUGAGGUGGCACAGCAGGGACCGGGGCUGGCUGGGAAGGGAGCUGACCUAUAUAGCCAAGUGUCCCUCACCUCUGGCUGCCAAUCCUGUCCUUGGAGGGGCUAAGCUGGAGGUGGGGCAGGGAUGUCCCUGCUCCUGCCAUAUCCUGGCGAUCUCAACUUGUGGCACUAACUUGUAAAAGGGUUGAUUUGAAAUAAAAGGGAAGACUUUAUUUUACAGGUAGCUAGGUCCAUCUUAUUUUCCCCACUCCUGGGAGAAGUCCUGCACAAGAUGAAGCUAACCAACAUUUCAACAUGGAGGAGGAGCUCUUGAUUUCUUUCUUUCUUUUUAUUUUAUUUUUCUUAAUGCUCUUUUGUUUGAAUUCUACGCCACAGUCUGAGCCACUAUUAAAUUUCCAGAGGCCACCUCUAAAGGUAGCAGGAAACUGAAGCCUGGACUCUCAGAUUCAGGGUUAGGAGCCUUAUCGAUUGAGCUAU